GGCUGUCCAGCAGUCAGAACUCAGCGUGCGAAGCGAGGAGACGAUGUCAGAGGUCGGAAUCGCGGUGCGUUACGGCGUCGUGAUCAGCUGAUCGACUGCCGGGACGACGACGACGAACCCUCGGCGUUCGGCGUCAGGAUAUUCGCGUGCGAAUACUCGACUGGGAAUAAUCCGGCACUGUAUCCACCAGGAGGGCAUUGUGAUCGUCGGAGUGCGCGUCGUUCGUUUCCCGUCCGAAGAAGAAGAAGCUGUUCGUCGCGACCACCCACGACCCCCAUUGAGCGUGUUGUGUGUAUGCAUCCGAGUGAAAUCUGUGCCUGUGCUCGUGUCGUCGCCCCGUUGCUCCCGAAUUCCCGAAUCUGAAAAAAUAACCCCGUGUGCUCGUCGCCGCCUCUGAUAUAUAUCCUUAGUAAUUAAUGUGUCAAACAUGCCUGUGCGGAAGUACAGAAGGGAUACUAGUGAAGUUAGCUGCUGUCUGAAAUAUGUUAUAUUUGGAUUUAAUGUCCUGUUUUGGCUCCUUGGCCUCGGCAUCAUGGCAGUCGGGGUUUGGGCCUGGACGGAAAAGGAUACUUUCAACAACUUGUCUCGACUUACGAACGUCGCACUUGAUCCGGCGUUCAUUUUGAUACUAAUCGGUACAGUGACGUUCAUCAUCGGAUUCACAGGAUGCGUUGGCGCCUUGAGGGAAAACACCUGUUUACUCGCUGCGUAUGCGGUAUUUUUGGCGCUGUUACUUCUGUCGGAAAUGACAGCUGGCAUAUUGGGAUUCGUCUUUAAAGAUUGGAUCAAGUCACAGGCCACGGGUGGAUUUCAAGCUUUCAUAAUCCACUACAGAGAAGAUCCUGAUCAACAGAAUCUGAUCGAUUGGAUCCAGGAGGACUGGUUGCAGUGUUGCGGAAUCGAGGGCCCCAAGGACUGGGACCGAAACAACUACUUCAACUGCUCGUCGAGUGAGAUUGGGUCGAGAGAAGCAUGCGGUGUGCCUUUUAGCUGCUGCAAGCGAAAACCAAACGAGAUUAUCAAGAACAAACAGUGUGGAUACGACGUGCGAAAGCCCGGCUAUCCAGGGGAAAGAAGUAUCUUUGAAAGAGGGUGCCUAAGGGCCGGCGAAGAGUGGGUCGAGUUGAACCUCGUCCCCGUUGCCGGCGCCGCCGUUGGUGUUAUGGUCCUCCAGAAUUUUGACGUAACCAAGGUGAUCAAUGAUAAAGGAUGCGUUCUGGCUGGCGAAGAAUGGAUGGAGAGGAAUCUACUUGCCAUUGCCAGCAGUGCUGUUUGCACGGCUUUCGCUCAGAUACUGGGCAUCUGUUUCGCGCAAAAUCUACGGGCGGACAUAUUUGCCCAGAAGGCUAAAUGGCAUUGACAAUCAAGGGCCCCCACGGCAGUCUAGCAGCUCGCCUGUAUCAGGCAGCACGCUGGUCGUUCACGUUGAUUGAUUAUUACUACACUCUACAAAAUCUCAGAACAGAAGAUUACCAAGAGAAGAAUAAGAAUAACACGAAGAAGAUAGAGACAGUGACACAAAAGUAAACAACAAAAUGAAACGACGAUUCAACAACUGUGUUAUAAAAAUUGCGGACCGAUGAUCAAUCCUCGACAAGGAUCUUCUGCUACACGUAGACAAAAGUUGAAAAAAAAACUUUUAACAAGAGACAUUCACAUCAUGAUUCAUAGUUAACGAAACAUUUGUCCGUGUAGAAUUUUUCAAGAGAUCAAGUAGAAAGAUCUAAGGAUUGAAAUGUUGAGACAAAAAAAAAAAAAAAAUGCUAAACAAAUUGACUAGUUUAAAAGGAGUGACAAAAUUUUUUAAUUCCGUUAACAAUUUUCAAUUUUUCAAUCUUAAGAUUGGAUUUACCAUUUUCAUAUCACGGUAAAUCUCACCUCGAGAUUUCAUCCGUCGAACGGUGUUAAAAUAAUUAAAAAAUAAAACCGAAUGCUGAUCUAGUCGAGGUCCACAUCGGUUUAAUUUAAUCGUGAUUCUGCAACGUUUAGCGAGACUUUCGUGCAGUUAUUGUCGUGUAUUCUUCGAGUAAUUUUAAAAUCAACGUGCGCCGUGGGGGCGCGGGGAGGAAUUGGCCACCUCCGCCGCAGAAUUGGCUCGAUCCGUCCGAGCUUUAUAUUUCAGGCCAUCUCGCGUCAUUUUCUCAAUUUUACCCUGAAGCCUUCGGUAGUUGGAAGAGAAGAAUCAUGUCAGGCGCGCGUCGAACUUAAUCAAGCUUUUUGAUCAGGUUGUUCAACCGUUCAUUUUCUUGCCCGCGAGUAACGGCGACUAAAAUCCGUUCCAAAUUUUCUUGCAGUCGUUUGUAGAAUUGGAAUGUCUUGUUUUAAUUUUUUAAUUUCUUCUUUUUAAAGCCUUCAACGACGAGCGAAGAGCGAAAAGCUUGUUCUUGUUCGACACUAAGGGAAAAUAUGUGUAUGAGAUGAUGUAAAAAAGAAGAACAAAAAUAAAAGUGAUAUUUUAUAUUAUAUUAUAUUUUUAAGUGGACUGUUGCUUGAACUUUUUUACUUGUAGAAUGUUAAACGAUUAACAUAUACUUAAAAACGUUAUACAUUCCUGAAACGUAUUAUUAUAUAGUAUCUCUUUUUCAAACUAAAUCCUCAUUCUCGUGAGAGAAGAAAAAGAAUUGGGGAAUACUGGAGUUAUAAAUUACGAUUCACUUAUCGGACGCUGCACUUGUUUCUUUCCAAGACUUUUAUUUAAUUUUUUUCUUUCACGGUAUUCCCGAAUUCUCGUUAUUCAAACUCUCGAGUAAUAAUUAUUGUUAUUGUUAUUUUUCUAACUGAAACUUUCAAAUUAACGGGGUAUCCAACAUCGAGGAUUAAUGAAAACACACGGUUACAAUGUAGAAUACGAACCGCUACACCUUGGUUUUGUUGACGGUGAACAUUUUUAAACAAAAUUUUACUUUUCUUUAUGUUCAAUUUGUAUACGUGCCUGCGUAAGUUGAAAGAACAUACAUUAAGUAAGCUCAGCCAAAUUAGCAAAUUAUUUCUUUUACUCGUCUGUUUUGAAACUUACGUUUUCUUAUUGAAUCCACCUGGGAUACUCCUCGAUAAUCAAUUCAGUGUUCCAUUUAGAUAUGUAUGUACAGCUACGAUGAUAUUAAUGGCCGAUUGUUUUAAAAUUGGAGCGAAAUCGCAAGGAUAAUGUAUUUUAUAGCCACAGACUAUUAAUAUCGGUUUCAAGUACCGAGAAAGGAAAAUAUUUUGGUAAAAAUACAAUUUAA